UAGUUAGUUAAAUUUGACCCAUUUGACAUCCCCUCUUCGCCAUUUAAAUUUAGUUUUACUGGCGAAAGCUGUUGGAUACGGAUUCAAAUCCGCUGUGUUGCUGGGCAGUGUGCAGAUCGUGUCUGCGAAAAAGUUCAUUUUUUUCAUCUCGAGUUAAAUCCCUUUAAGCAAGAUGUCCGACGACGAAGAAGUUUACACUGACUCUGAAGAGGAGGCGCAACCAGAAGCAGAUAAGAAGAAAGAAGGAGAUGGAGAUCCCGAAUUCGUUAAGAGACAAGAAGCUAAAAGCUCUGCUUUAGACGAACAAUUGAAAGAAUACAUCAUAGAAUGGAGAAAACAACGAACAAAGGAAGAAGACGACUUGAAACGUCUGAAAGAAAAACAAGCCAAACGCAAGGUCAUGCGUGCAGAAGAAGAGAAACGUAUGGCUGAACGUAAAAAGCAAGAAGAAGAAAGACGCCAACGCGAGGCUGAAGAAAAGAAACAAAAAGAAAUCGAAGAAAAAAGACGACGAUUGGAAGAAGCCGAAAAGAAACGUCAAGCAAUGAUGGCUGCUCUUAAAGAAAACCAAAGCAAAACCAAGGGACCGAAUUUCACCAUUAGUAAAAAAGAUGCCGGAGUAUCCUUAUCUUCUGCUCAAAUCGAAAGAAAUAAAACUAAAGAACAAAUUGAAGAAGAAAAGAGAAUAUCGUUAAGCUUCAGAAUUAAACCCCUUCAAAUUGAUGGUUUCAACAUUCAAAAAUUGCAAUCCAAAGCUAGAGAAUUGUGGGAUUGCAUUGUGAAACUUGAAACUGAGAAAUACGACUUGGAAGAAAGACAGAAACGCCAAGAUUAUGACUUAAAAGAAUUGAAAGAAAGACAAAAGCAACAACUUAGGCACAAAGCCCUGAAGAAAGGACUGGAUCCUGAAGCAUUAACUGGCAAAUACCCACCAAAAAUCCAAGUUGCCUCAAAAUAUGAAAGAAGAGUGGACACAAGGUCGUACGACGACAAGAAGAAACUUUUCGAAGGAGGUUUCGAAGAAACGUUAAAAGAGACAUCGGAAAAUUAUUGGCAAACCAAAACGCAACGGUUUAUGAAACGUCGUAAACGCAAAUUACCAAAAUGGUUCGGUGAACGACCAGGUAAAAAGAAGGAUGAUCCCGAUACCCCUGAAGAAGAAGAAUUGAAGAAAGCUGAAGAAGACCUUGAUAUCGAAGAACCUACCUUUGGAAACGACGAUGAAGAAGUUGAAGAAGAAGAGGAGGUAGAAGAAGAAGAAGAAGAAGAAGAAGAAGAAGAAGAAGAAGAAGAAGAAGAAGAAGAAGAAGAAGAGGAGGAGGAAGAAGAAUAACCAUUUUAAAAGAAUUAGGUACCUCCUUCGAAAAAUUAAACCAAUCAUGUUAUUUAUAAUGAAAUAAAUUCGUAAAUUAUA